GAAAUAAUUCUUCCUCACAGUUAGUUUAGGCUACGGAUACGGCGCACUUUUAAUUUGCUGUAAUGAGUUCAUGUGCUCGAACAACAAAAAACUUUUUUAUAAGCCUAAACAGAAAAAAGGUGAUUGGCAAAAGGGAGUCUCCAAAGGUCGAGUUACGAAGAUGCCUAACUAUCUUUGAUCUAACUGCCUUAGGAGUUGGCACAACUUUAGGUGCUGGAGUGUAUAUUCUUGUUGGCGACGUUGCCAAGUUCACAGCUGGUCCUGGUGUUAUAAUAUCUUUUUUGAUCGCAGCGGUGGCUUCUGUUCUAUCAGAUUUUUUUACUACUGAAAUGGAAGCUAAACAGAUUCCUGAAAAUACCGUUUCAGGCAGAAUAUACGUUGUUGAAGUAACAUUCAAACAAAAUUUUAAUGAGGAAAGAUCCUUUUAUGCGUCAAAGUUUUCAACUUUCCUGAGAUUGUGUUAUGCCGAGUUUGGAGCCCGUGUGCCACAAAGUGGAUCAGCUUAUGUAUAUAGCUACAUUACUGUUGGAGAAAUAAUGGCGUUUACAAUUGGUUGGAAUCUGAUACUAGAAUAUGUAAUCGGUAUCGCAAGUGUUGCACGAGCUUGGAGCUCUAAUUUCGAUGGUAUACUCAACGGCCAAAUAGAAGAAUUUUUUAAAAAGCAUUUGGCAUUAAAUCUUCCUGGUUUAGCUGAAUAUGUAGAUCCACUUGCUGUUGGCUUAAUUAUUUUAAUGACAAUUCUUUUAAGCAUCGGUGUACGAGAAUCCGCAAUGAUUAACAAUGUGUUCACAAUAGUCAACUUGUGUGUCAUCAUAUUUGUAGUUGUAACUGGGUUGAUUUAUGCAAAUAUUGAUAACUGGAAAGUUAUUCCAGAAAAUGUUCUUAUCAAUAAUACUGUAAAACGUACGGAUUUAGGAAAUGGCGGGUUUUUUCCUUUUGGUUUGAACGGCGUACUUUCCGGAGCUGGAACAUGUUUUUUUGCAUUUGUGGGAUUCGAUAUUAUUGCUACAACAGGUGAGGAAGUGCGUAAUCCACAAACAGCGAUUCCUAUAAGUAUUAUCGGAUGCCUGCUAAUAUGUUUCUUGGCAUAUGGUCUUAUAUCUGCUACACUUACGUUAAUGGUACCAUAUUAUUCUAUCUCUUCUGUUGCUGCUCUACCACUUGCAUUUAGUCGCCAUGGCUUACAAUGGGCAAAAUACAUUAUUUCCACUGGGGCUUUGUGUGCUCUAACUACUAGCCUUUUAGGUUCAAUGUUCCCAUUGCCACGCAUUUUGUAUGCUAUGGCAACUGAUGGGCUGUUAUUUGGUUUUUUAAAUCGAAUAAAUUCAAAAGUUAAAACUCCACUUUUAGGUACUAUUGUAUCAGGUGUUAUUGGAUGUAUAAUGACGGCAGUAUUCAGUUUACAAGAUCUAGUCGAUAUGAUGUCGAUCGGAACACUUCUUGCUUAUACUCUAGUAUCUGUUUCUGUGCUUCUUUUGAGAGGACAACAAAUGUCCAUUGGAUAUUGCAUCGGGGACACGAAAGAUUAUACAGAAGUAUUGAUGGACGAUGAAAGUUGGCCAGCUGAUAAAUUACCCUUAUCCGAUGAAAAAUCAUAUCCACUCAAGUUUUUGAAUGAAGUAGCAGACAAUAGACUUAGUAAUGAUAAGGAACCAUCGAAUGGUCCUGAUGAAUAUUCCGAUCAUAAUAAAUCCUCUAUUUCCUCAAAUAACGUUGAUAGUCCAAGUUUAUCAACGGAUUUGAAACAAACAAACAAUUCACCACUUCCUGAUAAUAUUCAUCUCGACAUUUCAACUUAUUUUCGAAGAUGUUUCAAGCGUGAACUUGGUCAGGAUAAACCGUCUCAAACUACCGAAUUAAUUUAUAAAAUAAAUAGUUACUUACUACUUUGCUUCAUUUUUCUCGGCAAUCUGGGUAUAUUACUGUUAGAUAAACUACCUGAAGAAGUGACAAAAAAUAUGAUAGUCACAAUCCCAAUAUGGACGUUUGUUGGAUUAAUGAUCCUGAUCAGUAUUAUCAUUUGUUCAGCAUUAGCCAGACAACCAGAAAAUAAAACACCUGUGGCAUUCAAAGUCCCUGGGGUUCCAUGGAUUCCAGCUAUUAGUAUAUUUAUCAAUGUAUAUUUAAUGGUUAAACUGUCAGGGGCUACAUGGAUUAGAUUCUUAGUCUGGAUGAUUAUUGGUUUCACAAUCUACUUCGGUUAUGGAUACUGGCACAGUAAGGAGAGAAAAAGAAAAAAAUAACAUCUAAUAAAAGAAAACCAUAAUAUAGAAGCAUCUUAUUAGUUCAUAGAAACAAUCGAGUUUAUUUUACAUAUUGUUUGAUUAUUUUAAUUACUAUUUAUUAAUUUUCUUAUAUAUUUCUAUGAAAUUUUUCUAUUCAUUAUUUGAUUUGCUCAUAUAUAAAAGAAAAUACCCUAUGAAGAAUUUGGUUUUUUUUAUAUUGAAUGUCCAAACAAUAAAUGAUUACUACCCUGUAUCAAUUAUAGAUAAAUCUAUAAAAUACUGAUGAAAACAAAUGAUUCUCUUUCUUUUUUUCAAAAUAUACUUUCUUAUUACAUAUUUAUUCUCAGAAGUGGUUUUGUGGAUAUUAUAGUAAUUUCAAUGGUUAAGAUCAUGAGUCAGUUGAAGCUAGAUCACCAUGGAAAUCCUGGAAGCACUGGACGGCUGUUUUGUCCUAUUGUGGGACUCCUCCUCGCCUCCUGCGAGAUUCGAAAAUUGAUUUUUGAGUAUAUCUGUGAAGAAAGAAAUGUGAGACACUGGAAAAUUUAAAUAACAAUUAGUCAAACAAUCACUUUAACAGUCCUUAGUUCAUUAUUUAAUUAGUAUGUAAAUCUGUAACUAAGUACAAAUUUGUGAGGCCGGAUUUGAACCAUACAUUUAUCAGGCAACGUGGGAAUAUUAAAUUAUUGUUCGAAAUGAGAUAAAUAUAGUGAGAUUUAAAUCAGUAAACACUGAAACCAGGCUCAUUGAUAAUUUCCAAGUAAUCCGUCAAUGACCUUUGAAUAUCAAUGAACAAUCUAAGAUUUGAUCUGUCAGAUCUUAUCGGUUUAGCUCUGCAGUUUACUUUCACUACAAACCCUAAUCAUGUUGACAUGAACAUAAUAUUAUUAUGAUUUUGUUGUUAUCCUCGCAAUUACUAUUUAAAUCCAUAGUGAUAAUGUAGUUUUAUUUAUGUUAUGGAUUUAUUUUUCUAAUGAAUUCA